AUGGAGAAACUAUUGAAGCCUACCCGUCUGGAUCUGGACCCCAGCUCCCCUUCUGCAGCAAAGGAAUGGCAGUGUUGGCACAAGAUGUUUUCCAACUUUAUUCAAGAAUGUGGUGAAAUGGCUCCAAAUAAACUAAGGACACUCGUGAACUAUGUCAGUCCUAAUGUGUAUGAAUACAUUGAGGAGUGUGUGAUUUAUGAUACUGCCAUUUCCACUUUGGAAAAGUUAUAUAUUAAGGCACCUAAUGAAAUAUUCACCUGGCAUUUACUUGCUACUCGCCAACAAAAUACAGGAGAAACUUUGGAUGAGUUUUUGAGAGAAUUGCGUAAAUUACGCAAGGACUGUAAUUUAAAGGCAGUUAGUGCAGAACAGUACAGAGAAGAGCUGAUCAGGGAUGCUUUUAUAAAUGGCCUAGCCUCACCUAUGAUUUGGCAGCGUCUCCUUGAAAAUAAAACUCUAGACUUACAGGCAGCUUACGACCAGGCUUGCUCUUUAGACCUUGCGCAAUCUCAGGAUUCCAUUUGCAAUAAAUGUGGCAGGAAGGGGCAUUUUGCAAAAGCGUGCCUCUCCAAACAAUCUGCAUAUGGAGGCAAAUCUACAGCAGCUACAGUAUUUGAUCCCUCACAGUCAUCUGUUUUUGCGGCUGACGCUGGGACCACUUUUCCUCAGAGCCUCUAUCGGGCAGCUACCACAACAACAAUCAAUGGAAGGAAGUUGAUAGUCCUUGUCGACUCAUGCAGCGAUGACAGUUAUAUAGAUGCAGAUGUAGCAUGGAAAUUGAAGCUGCCAAUACAUCCCACCGAUAAAGGCGUCCCUUUAGCACAGAAAUCUUUGCAUACAAACUCUCCAGGUUAUGUCAAUGUGGACUUGACUCUUCAUCUUAAUGGAGAAACUUAUCCAUCCAUGCAUCUUGCAGUAAUGAAGGAUUUAUGUUUUGGAGUAUUACUUGGUCAGGACUUCUAA